GCGCCACGCGCAGCGGCCGGCCAGUGAGGGCGAGCGGGAGCGCGUGUGCGCCUGCGUGGGCAGCACUGCGAUGCUGGCCGCGGCCGCGGCGCGCGUCACUCGUGCUCGGACAUGCUGCCGCGCUGGAGCCUGCUGCUGCUGUGCGCCGCCGCCGCCGUCGUGCGAGGCACCAUUUUAAACGACUUUGUCCGCCACUACGAGCCGUUGCGGUAUGACGCCGUGGCUCUGCAGCAGGAGCAUCGGCGCGUCCGCCGUCAGGCCGACCCCCGCCGGCACGUGCAGCUGCGGUUCCACGCCAGCGACAGGGAGUUCCGUCUCCGCCUCCGGCCGGACCGGGCCGUCUUCGCGCCGGACGUCGUGUUCGAGAGCAGCUCGGGGCCGGUUGCCUUCGACACCAGCUCCGUCUACACCGGCUCGCUGGAGGACGACGAGGACGCCGUGGUGCAGGGCGUCAUCGGCUCCGACGGCCUGUUCGACGGCAGCGUGGUGACCGCCUCCGAGCACUUUUACAUCGAACCCUCAAGCCGAUACUUCCAGCAAGCGCAGGACUUCCACUCGCUCAUCUACCGCCUCUCUGACGUCACCCACCCGCGCCAGCCAGCCGGCGGCUGCGCGUCGCAGCGCCUCGCCGAGCGCAACAAGGCCGCCGGUGACGUCACUCGGACGUCACCGGACGGCGACGUUGACGAGUGGCUGGGACACGCGCAGCUGUACGAGAACUUGGCGGCACCCGUGACCGCGGGGAACACCGCAAACGGGACGAGGAGUGGCUCGCGACGGCGGCGCGCCGUAAUCAACAACAAGAAGACGACGUGCACCAUGUACCUGCAGGCCGACCACCUGUUCUACGAGCAGUUCGGCAGUGAAGAGGCCUGCAUCGACGCCAUGAUUCGCCACGUGCAGCAGGCUAACGAGAUUUACAAGACAGUCGACUUCGACCAGGAUGGCAUACAGGACAACAUCGGGUUCAUGAUAAAGCGGAUCCGAGUGCACAAGCCCACAGCUGUCAACGACGUCGGCUACCGGUUCCCCGGCAACUACGUGGAGAAGUACCUGGAGCUGUUCUCAGAGGAAAACUACGACUCGUUUUGUCUAGCGUACAUGUUUACGUACCGCGACUUCGAGGGUGGCACGUUAGGUCUGGCUUGGACCGGGGACCUGAACCAGGCGGGAGGAGUCUGCGAAAAAAAUGGGCAUUACCGAGGCAGCAAGAAGAGUCUGAACUCAGGCAUCAUCAGCAUACUAAAUUACGGCAAACGGGUGCCUCCAGCCGUGAGCCACGUGACCUUUGCCCAUGAAGUGGGACACAACUUCGGCUCUCAGCAUGAUCCCGACAAGAACAAGGAGUGUACCCCUGGCGGAGAGAACGGCAACUACAUCAUGUUCGCGCGAGCCACGUCGGGCGACAAGAGGAACAACGACCGUUUUUCGCCGUGCAGCCUGCGGUCCAUUGAGCCUGUGCUGCGCGUGAAGGCGCGCUCCAAAAAAGGCUGCUUUGUCGAGCCGCAGGCAGCCAUCUGCGGAAACGGCGUGGUGGAGGAUGGCGAGGAGUGCGACUGCGGCUGGGAGGAGGACUGCAUCGAGGCCUGCUGUAACCCGAUGCGCGCCGCGCCGCCCCCGGGCCAGCCGCCGUGCCGGCUGCGGCCGGUGCAAUGCAGCCCCAGCCAGGGCCCGUGCUGCAACUCCACCUGCGAGCUCGGGUACGGGCAGCAGUGCCGCAACGACAACGGCUGCCGCGCCACCAGCCGCUGUAACGGCCGCUCGCCACACUGUCCGCCCUCCAUCCGCAAGCCCGACCGCACUGUCUGCAACGAGUACAACGUCUGCUAUCAGGGGGAGUGUUCGGGUUCGAUCUGCCUGGCGUACGGGCUGGAGUCAUGCCAAUGUGAUCCGGUCGACGGCGGCAACGCUACCAGGUCCUGCGAGCUGUGCUGCAAGCGCCCCGGCGCCGACCAGCCGUGCCGCUCGUCGUUCGAGUGGAACGAGUCGCCUGUGACGGCGUGA